UCGCCUUCGAGCCGCGGCCUCGCGAUAUGCACUACGCGGCAUAUCCUACUAAAAUACUAACCGCCUGAAUUACGCUCGCGUGCGACAAGCAAAUAACGCGUAGAACAAACAAUGCGAGCCGCUGCAAUAUAAGUUAGAGAUAUUCAAGUGAUAAUGAUGUCAAGCAAUAUUAUAGUGAAGUAUGAGUACAGUAGUUAUAUUGUAUAAAUUCGGGCGACAUAAUACAAGCAUAUCACGAGCAUGGAUGUUCAAAAGCAGCAAUUAUGUCCACGUCUGGUGGAUUAUCUAACUAUAGUUGGGGCACGACCCUACACCACUGGAAAAGGAUUAGCUCCUGUACAGGCACCAGAACUUCUCCGUCGGUAUCCACUCACCAACCAUGACGACUUUCCAUUGCCACUCGACAUGGUAUACUUCUGUCAGCCUGAAGGAUGUGUGUCGGUGGCACAAAGGCGACAGCUUGCGCAUAUUGCAGCUAGAGACACAACGUCUUUUGUUUUUACGCUCACGGAUAAAGAUUCGGGUAAAACCCGUUACGGGAUUUGCGUGAACUUCUACCGUGCGGUGGAGCGGGCGCCACCGCCGGGUCCCCGUGAGCGUGGAAUAUUGAGACGAGAGUCUUGGCGCAAAUCUAUGGAAAGAAGUUCUGAUUCCGCAUUCUCCAGUGACUAUAGGAGCAGCAACCUAGCGCCGAGCGACUCGGAGCGCGAGUGCAGUGCGCCGCGGUUGGCGCCCGCACCCGACUCAGAGAGUGGCGGCGAACACUCGCCUAGCCCACGGGCGACUAGGAAACGCCAGCGUAUCCGUAAUCAUUCAUUAACCUCCCUUUGUCUUUUAUCUCAUCAUCCAUUCUUCUCAACAUUCCGAGAGUGCCUAUUUAUCCUUAAAAAGUUGAUAGAUGCCUGUAAUGAGUCUUCCAGUCCGCGACGCGUUGGCGCGUCCAGACAAAUAUUUAGAGAUACAGUAUGGUCCGUAUUAACUGGCCAAGCAUACGACAAUACUCCCACGAUAGUGUUACACGACGUAAAGGAGAUCGAGACAUGGAUACUGCGACUACUCUCCGCGCCCGUGCCCGUGCCGGGGAAAACUCGCGUGGAACUAGAAGUUCUGUCCAAUACUGCACACGCACCGCUUGUGUUUGCGCUGCCCGAUCAUACGCGGUUCACUCUUGUGGACUUCCCUUUGCACUUACCUUUGGAAUUGCUCGGUGUGGAUACCUGCCUCAAAGUGCUCACUCUUAUUCUCCUUGAGAACAAAGUGGUAGUACAAUCCCGUGACUACAAUGCCCUCUCGAUGUCCGUAAUGGCGCUAGUAUCUAUGCUGUACCCGUUAGAGUACAUGUUCCCAGCGAUACCAUUGCUACCGAGUUGUAUGAGCUGCGCAGAACAAUUGCUACUGGCUCCUACACCAUUCUUGAUUGGAAUCCCGGCUACUUUCCUCCAGUAUAAGAAGAACUUUAAGUUACCAGAUGACAUUUGGUUAGUGGACCUGGAUGCUACCAAAUUAACAUCACCCACUGGAGCCGAUCAAGAUCUUCCGCCACUCCCGGAACCAGAAAGUUCAGUUUUAAAGAGUCAUUUGAAACAGGCUAUGCAACUCAUGGGGGCGGCUGGAACUGGAGCACUAAGCAGUCUCACAAACACGUCCGCUGAACAAGCAGCCGCGCCACUUAUGCCGUCUAGAAGAGAUAGUGUCGGAGGAGCUACACUCAAAGUCCAAAACCCAACAUUCAAAGACAUCCAAGGGUCGCACAGUACGCCGGAAAGUCGGCGCGUGUCUGUGGGUAGUGCGGUGCACUCGCAGCGGCACUCAUUCGCGUCCGCGCACUCGCCGCAGUCGCACUCCCCGCAGCAGCCCUUCAACCCGCUCAUCUAUGGGAACGAUGUGGACUCCGUGGACGUGGCUACUAGAGUGGCCAUGGUCCGUUUCUUCAACUCUCAGAAUGUAUUGGCUAACUUUAUGGAGCACACUCGAACGUUGCGAUUAUACCCCAGACCAGUUGUUGCGUUUCAAAUUAACAGCUUUCUUCGAUCACGUCCUAGAACAUCUGCCUUUUUAAACAAAUUUGCCAGGACACAGGCAGUAGAGUUCCUAGCAGAAUGGUCACUCACUCCCCAUAACGUGGCAUUCCUACGCGUACAAACCGGCGUAUUGGACCCGCGGCAGGUCGGCGAUAAGCCCAAGUGGUUCGCUGACACGUUACAGCCGGUCCGCUUCGCUGUAUGGGAUGACGGCAGCUCGCUUAAUGGUGCCCUGAGACAACUGCAAAGACAGGAGAACCAGCCCACUGAUGAAAGUGGUUCCGAUUCAGAUGGAGCAGAAAGCACGAGCUCUUCUUAUUCAUCUCUCAGUGAUUUUGUUUCGGAAAUGGCUUCUUCGGAUCUAUCUCCAGGUGGUAUGCAACACGUUGUCGGAGAAACUUAUAACGCUGUUGUGCAAGUUCCAAUGACGCUUUCUUCGUCUCUCGAUCCUAAAACAGUGUACAGUCCACCAUCGUCACUCAUGUUCGGUGACGAAGAAGUCGAGGAACGAAAAGAACAAGGGCGGGAAUCUACAUCUCCAUCACCUUCUGGCUCUAGUUCUGAACACAGCGAUUUGUCUGAGGAUGAAGUUGUUGUUGAAGGCAAAGAUGAUGCUACGGAUCAUGCACCACCUGUUAAAAAGAGUGACACGGACAGCGGUAGUUUCGGUCGGGAGUCUGACUCCAAUUCCACCACCACACCGGCUACCGUUGUUAGAGCCGAUCAUACUCCCUCACAUAGGACGCAAUAUGCUACAAGAACUAAGAGUUCUGGUAGUGGAGUAUCACGGCAAGCUUCGCAGACUUCGCUCUUGGAACAAUUCGCAGCUCAGGCUAAAGAGUUAGUACGUGAAACCACUCGGCAAAGCAGUCAAGAAGGACUCCUGGCUCAUAUGGACAAGAAAGGACAAGUAGAUCAAGGAGAGGAAAAGAACAUAUUUGCUCCCUUCGAUAAGCUAACAUCUCACGCCAAAAAGGCAGCUGAAGAAGCAUCUAAAAGUGUUCAAGAGGCCUCGAAGUCUGCUUUAGAAGCGAGCAAAACUGCAAGCGCAAUGAGCAAGAAUACUUUUGAAGAUCUCACUUAUGUCGGCAAGUCCACUUUGGGAGAUCUCACUAAGAGUGCUAAAGAAGCCGCUACUAAAAAGGGAUUGUUGAAGGGAGAAAGUCAAGAAGGUCCUGGACCAAUGGGUCGCAGGGAGUCCGGCGCUCUACAAACGACAACGCUAUUAGCCACAACGCAUCGGGAUUUCUUCUCUAACAUCAGUUCUGAUCUGAACGGCCUCGCUGCUUCCACUUCAAGCAUGUUUAGCGAUUUAUUUGGUUCUAAAGGGAAGCAGCCCAAACCAGCGGAGACCCCCACGUCGGCCCCGCUGUCGGCCACGUUCGGGCCGUUCUCGCAGGGCGCCCGCGGGCUGGUGCAGCGCUCGCCGCUCAUCCGUCACGCCGCGCCCACGCCCACGCCCACGCAGCAAGUACCGCGCUCGCCCAACACCGAGAACCAGGCGUUUCUUAAUGAUCUCAUUCAGCAUGUUUUAGAAGGAGAAGGUGUCGGAUGGCUAAAGUUAAACCGUUUAAAGAAGUUAAUGGAAGACGAGUCUUAUAGAAACAUGGUACUCAGUAAACUAAACAGAAAUAUAAACCGAAAAACUACGCCUAAUGAUAAAGUGGAAGAUGUGUUUGUAAGCAAACCUGUUUGGAAAGGGAUGCUGAAAGUUCUUCAAGCAGUCGUCCAUGGCUUAGAGCACACGUAUUCCAAUUUCGGUUUAGGAGGAAUGGCAUCAGUAUUCCAACUAACUGAAAUGGCACACACUCACUAUUGGAGUAAGGAAGUAGCUGGUUUGGAACAGGGUGGGAUGGGAGGUUCCGCUUUAUCUGAACAAUAUAGACAAGAUAUGGAUACUCCUUCGUCUGCUCCGUCUUCGAGAAAAAGUUCACAGUCAGAUAUGCCAGUUUUAAACUACCCCGAAAUGGACGCCACCGAAGGUGCAACUACAACAGAAAUUUUCAAAGACAUGUUGAACUCAAAACGUAACCUGUUAUUCAGUAAACUAACUUCAUUCGAUUCUGACGCGCGGGGUGCGGAGGGCGGCCCACCCAAGCCCCAUACAUCCGAUACCGACGCAAUGUUCCUCGAUUUUACCCAGGUUUGCCGCGGUAACCCAAACAAGCCUCGAACGGCGAGUGUAUUCUCUUCCAAGUCUGCAACGAGCUACAAACCGCAAGUUGGAAUACCAACUACCUCACCUCUGACCUCGCCGGAUACCGCUCGAACGUAUUUGUACCAGGGACUGAUAGGUAAAGAAAGAUCAAAUUUAUGGGAUCAAAUGCAAUUCUGGGAGGACGCGUUCCUCGACGCAGUCAGUCAAGAACGUGACAUGAUUGGAAUGGAUCAAGGAGCCAAUGAAAUGAUGGAGCGGUAUAAAUGUCUCAGCGAAACUGAAAGGAAACGUCUAGAACACGAGGAAGAUCGUUUAUUAUCAACAUCUUUAUACAACCUGACUGCAGCAAUGGUUCUGUUUAACGUAGAAGCUGAUAUCGUUCGGAAUAAAGUGAGACGAUUGCUGGCUAAAAGUCAUAUUGGGCUAGUAUACAGUCAGGAAGUGAAUCACCUACUCGAUGUUGUGCAUUCUUUGCACGGCAACGACAUAGAACUAAAGGCAUUAGGAUCUCGUCAAGCUCGUCGCGCUUCCUUCACAGUGCACGAACGGGAUGCGGGCGGUCCAUUGCGUUUCAUGGAAGUGCGUACUGAUGGACUCGUGCUACGGUCUACGCAAGGAACAAUCGUUGAAAGGUGGUGGUACGAGAGACUGGUCAACAUGACUUAUAGCCCUAAAAUACGAGUAUUGUGCCUUUGGAGGAAGAACGGUGGUCAGACGCAAUUACAUAAAUAUUACACGAAGAAGUGCAAGGCGUUAUACUACAGCAUCAAAGAAGCAAUGGAGAAAAGCGGUCGGCGUCAAGAGGCAGCGGAAUUGGGAGGGGAAUUCCCAGUACAAGAUUGCGCUUCCGGGGAAGGAGGUCUUAUACAGGUUUGCAUGGAAGGCGUCGGGCUCCUGUUCCACCACAGCAAGGAUUUCGAGUUCUUUGUGCGACUCGAUCACAUUCGAAAGUGCUUCACGCAGAACGGCGGUAUCUUCGUUUUAGAAGAAUUCAAUCCCAAGACGAGACAAAUUACCCAACGAAAGUACAAAUCGGUCAUGGCAGAGAAAGUAGUGCUUGAACUCCAUCGUUUCUUCUCCAUAUGGCUUUCUCGGUACUAUCUAUAUGUUCAACUUGAUGGAACCGAUAUGAGCUAUGCACCUUAUCUUUCAUACCUCUGAAGCGGAUCAGAUAUGUUACGCGGUGCUGUGUGUGUUCUCGUACUUCGCGGCGGGUCAAGAGCAAAAGAAAGCUAUACUGGAGCAAGCGGCUAGGAUCCCACCGGUCACUCCGC